AUGAGCAAUACGGCCCAAAGCCUACCAUCAUUUUUUCACUCAAAUUUUCACAGUUUUAUCACUUGGAUAAGUCCAAAUAUUGUCCAUAUCGAGCUGCUGCAGACAAUCGGCUGUACCAAAUCAAAUCAUCAAACAAUGGAGGCAUCGAAUUUUUAUGCGCUCUCGAUCAAUCCUCGGCUGAAUCGAUCUAUUUUCUUUAAAAAUGGAAAGUUUGAUAGUAGAGAUCGCAAGUGUUUAUCUCACAUCUGCAUCAAUAGCACUGGAAUCCUUCGUUCCAAUCUGCAGAAGCUAUGCUAUUUAGCUGCUGCUGGCAGUUUUGGAGUAGGAGCUAGCUUUUUUCGAGGUUGCCAUGAUCACCACUUUGCAACAUAUAAUGUACCCAUGAGGAAAGCCUCCCGAUCAUGUCUGUCAAGUUCAUGUCGAGUUCGAAGUGAGGACUACGGUGGAACCCCAAGUGGUGAAAGCAUCUUACUAAACGAGCAGACUUUAGAGCGUGAAUUACAGAUUGCUAUUGAAGAAGAGAAUUAUUCCCAGGCCGCAAAAAUCAGGGAUAGCCUUAAGCUUCUCCAGGAGGACAGCAAGGCUUCAGUAUUAGCAGCAAAUGCUAGAUUUUAUAAUUCAUUCAGAAAUGGGGAUUUAGCUUCUAUGCAGGCUCUGUGGUCCAAGGGUGAUCAUGUCUGCGUUGUGCACCCUGGUGUGAGUGGCAUAUCGGGUCAUGAUCUUGUAAUGGGGAGCUGGGAAUUUGUAUGGGCCGACUAUGACUUCCCACUAGAAAUUGAGAUUAGGGACGUUCAGGUUCAUGUUAGAGGGGACGUAGGCUAUGUGACAUGCAUUGAAAUGGUGAAGACUAAGGGCAGUAGCUGGGGAAGACAAUUUGCUACAAACGUGUUUGAGAGGAUUGAUGGUCAAUGGUUCAUGUCGAUUCAUCACGCAUCAUAUGUUGAUUUGUGA